CUUUUGCAACAGAAGAAAGAACUUGAAAAUGACAUUGCUAGUCUUAAUGAUCGCCUAGCCAAGUCGCAUGCCAGCCUGAAGGGCCUAUGCAGACAGCAGCUUAAUCUGGAGGAAGAAAUAGCUAUCAAGACCAACACCCUAUUCAUUGAUGAAGUCGAAUGCAUGGGCAUGCGCAAGAGCAUUACAAUUCACGCCUACUAG